AUGGCGACCGAAAGAACCGCUCCGUGGUCUCAAGAAAAUGUGAAAGAAAAAACUGAAGACGAAGGUAUUUUCGACGAUUUUUCCAUUUUUUGCAAUUUCGCCAUAGUCGAGAAUUUCAGUGAAUAGAGCUCACAGUCAUAGAAAAACAAGGAAAGAACGAAAAAAAGAUAUUUACCUGUUUUCCAUCUACGCAACUGUUAUAAUUUCACUUUUUUUUCCAAUAUUUUGGCUGGUUGUGAGAAGCGUUUCAAAUAGAUCACUUUGGGAUCCGAAGUGUUUUAGAUUUGAAAAAAAGAUUGCUGUAUGAAAUUUGAUCGGAAUAAUUUCAAAAAUCCUUUUAUUUCUGAAAAAUUUAUAGCAGAACCAAAAGAGCAACGUCGUCGGUCGACGACAGUCAUUGUCACCAACAACGUUUCGAUGCCAAAAGCCGAAGAAGUCAUCCGUCAGUCUUUUCAACAAUUCCUUUCAUCCGGCCUUUUUCAGAAGAACUCUACCACACGGAUAUUUCACGAAGGAAACUUUCAAAACAGAGCGCCACCGUCGACGAGGUUUGUUAGAGGACGAGUUGGAGAAACUUUUUGGAAAUAGCAAGGGGAAAUUCCCACCAUAGUGUCUUCUUUUCAGUGAUGAAACUUUUUGCAGCCACCUUCUCUGGGAACGGACUUCCUCGAUGCCGAAAAAACAAGUGAAUCGUUGAAUAUACCUGCGAUCUCCGAAGAAGCACCAAUCGCGAGCUCCGACUCGCUGCCUCCGGUUAGCUUUUUGUGUGACGGUCAGUGAACAAGAGAAUAGUUGGAGGUUCUGCGGCCUUCUCUGCAACGCGGACUCGCCCUCUGCGGCGACGACGACACCAAGCUGCGUCCGGCGAGCGCGGCAAGGCUCUCCUCACAGUCGCUUUCGUUGUCGCGAAGUUUCAGCCGAGGUUCCUUCGACUCCAAUCGUUUCUCUAUCUGAAAGGCUUCCCAGAAUCUGUCGAAUACACGGAUCGUAACGGGACCAACCUUCUCGAGUUCAUCCGCAAAACUCUGCACAAAAGCCAAUCCGACCGCAAGCAACUUCUUUUUUUUGAAAUGCAACUCACUGAACUUUUUCACGACGUAGAGUGAGUUCGCUCAAAGGAAAAAAACCUAACAGAUUGAAAAAAAUUUAUAAAUGUGUUCACACUUCCUACAUUCCUUCUGGGAAUUUUUCAGAAAACAAUCGAGAUUGUUCCGCGACUUGCUUUCUUCCUACAACCGGAUGGUGCUACAUAGAUGUGCAGCGUUGUUUGGAAUGGACCACAACAUAACGAACAAGAAAACAGAAGUUAUUGUGAACAAAAGCAGCAAAACGCAACUGUAAGAGAAAAACUCGUUUCCAAUAGAUUCCAUUAUUUUAGGCCACUAUUCAAGUUCCAAGAUUUAAUAGAGCACGACAGAUUUUUUGAUGAUUCAUUGGUGAAAAACAGGCUGCACCAAGAAAAUGUAAGUUUUCCUGUCUUUAAUGAAGGGCUUGAAAGGUUUGAAGUUUUGCAUGUUUGUUUCACUUAAUUAAUUAGAAAAACUAAAUUGAAAUACAGAAUCCGAGACGCUUAAAUCAUUCUAAACCCGACCAUCAAGCAAGUUGUCAAAAAUAUACCUAUCAGCAGCUUGGAAAUUUUCCAUUUUAAUUUUUUUUUGUCGAAUGUUAAUUGAAGCAGGUUCUCUAAACGAUUUCUAUACGCAUGUAGACCUCAUUCGAAAAUCCUUUUCGAAAAAAUAGUUUAUGGAGAAACUGAUUCCAGCGGAAGUUCAUGAAAAAAGAAAGAGACUAUUCAGCCCGAAAUCAAUAUUUCUCAUUUAUCCAUGAUUUUUAGGGCCGACCCGUUUAUUCCCAUGCUUGUUCCUUCGGCAACAACGCGGUUUAUAUGGACCAAAGCUCACUCCGACGAGUCAAGUCCUACGAGGUGCACUGUCCGCAACAGCCUUACUACGAGCAGAGCCACUUCUCGACAGUUCCUUGCGAACCGACUCGUCCGCAGCCGCUCUGGAUUCCUCAGAGGUCUUUCGACUGCGCUCCGAACUGCGUCGACUCUUCCCAAACUCCUUGCAUGAAGGUUCCAGAACGUCUCUUCUUUUAAAAAUCAUCUCUGAGGAUAGAAAGCCGACAGUUUCGGAGGGAUGAACUAUGUCUACCGUAGCCAUUCCGACCAGCCGCCGAUGAACAGCGCUUCAUACUACCAACUCCCUCAACCGUCGACUAUUUUUGUUCAGCGGAAUCCAUCUCAUAUUUCUCGCUAUGAAUACAGUAAUCUUUCCUUUAAUUUUACUUUUCCAAUGUUUUGCGCGUCCUCUUAGUUUUUUUUGCUAAAGAAGGUCUAAGAAGUGUUUUUUUUUUCGAUCGAGCACCUUGAUGUAGUUAUUUUUAUGUUAGGUCAAGUAGAAUAUUGUCAUUUUUUGCGGACUUCUUUUUAUAGUGAAAAAUGUUGCUUCCCACAGGUAAGUUUUGAUCAAAGUUAAUUCAAAAAUUCGAUCUUGCAUCGCAUCAGCUCUGAAUAUAUUUUUUGUUUGAAGGACUUUUUUGGAGCAUUAUUUUGUUUUAAGCCCGUGAGAAAACCGAGAAAAAACUAGGAACAAAUAAAGAAUUUAUAGAAAGAAGUUCAUUAUUUCAGUGGGCCACUAUUCCAACUUGCACGCUCCGAUGCACAACUUGGUCGAAGCGAUGGGCAACGACUUGCACGUCGAUCCCUACGCGUACAAAUACUCGCCGGACACCACUUACCACAGUUACAAGUCGGGGUCUCGUUUUCUGCAUUUUGAGAUCUCCAUUGCAGUGGUCCCAGUCCACAGUCGGUCAAUCAGACGCUGUACGUGGAAUCUUGCCAGCCUUGUUUCGUUGCGGGACCUGCCAGUGUUCCCACACGGCAAUAUAGCCACGUCCCUUUCAGAAACUUCGCGCAUCCACCUUUUCAGGUACUUUUUUAAUGCGUACCUCCACAACAAUGAAGUUCCAUGUAGAAAAAAUUCUUAUGAUGAAGAUUUUCUGAAAUAAUACGAAAAAUUGCUUCAUUUCGCACUUUAGUUCAAUCAAUCAAUCAUUUUAUUUUCGCAACAUCGGAUGGUAUGGUGAUAUUGCAGGGAGAUAAAAAGACCACUAGGUGGAUUACCUACCACACCUGUGAAGGAAAAAUUUUUGUGUGAGAGAAGAAACAUAGAACCAUAAUAAGUUGAUAGUUAAACUUUUGUAGAAGAGUUCAAAAAUGAACUUUUAGUCAGAGGAAACUCCAUCAGCAAGUUCGAACCCGCCGCUUUGGCAAAUAAACUGGAUCAUCAAGAACAUUUUCAGCACCAACACUCCGAUUUCGCCUAUUAUCGUCCUAAUAAUCAACAUAUCGCAGAGUACAGCACUGGCGAAGAAACCCCAACUUGUGUGAGUUUUUUUUUCCUUUGAUUCUCCGUGAUUUGAGCCAAUUUUAAACUUACCUUUUCAGUACGUUCAUCUGCCUUCUAGAAACGAAAAUUUCAUCCCACCCCAAAGAUCAGAAGGUAAUAUCGACACCUAAUUUGAGAUAUCGCACAAAGGUGUUUAAGAACUAGACUACGAUCCAUCGACGCAGCAAGAUUUGCCGCCAAUGUUGUCGGUGGCGCCAGAGUCACAUCGGGCCGUCGCCGCGCAGAAUUUCAUCCAGAAAAGCACGGACGACGGCUACGGAAGCAUGCAGCAGGAAAAGGACUCUGACUGUGGCGUCGACUCCGCGCCGAGUCCCCAGGGCGUUUUUCCGUGA